AUGCCAAAUCCCGUUCUCCGUCCCCCCAAGAAUCCUCAAGUGCGAGUGCGUGGGGGCCCCCCUGUGUGGUGGGGGCCCCCCGCCCCCCCUCGCGGUGUUGCGACAGCAGAUGAUGUUGGGGGCCCCCAGCGUCCGACGGCUGCGAACCGGAUGCAUUGCAGCAGUGCCCUCCAGCACGCACAGCACCCUCCGAAUCUCCCUUCCACAGCUGCAGCUGCAGAAGGGAUAUCCACGAUCAACGCGGCGUCAGUAAGCCCUCAUGCAACUGGAGGAGGUGUCGCAGCUUCUAGAGGCACUGCAGCUGCAGACACAGCGGUGUCUACAACCCCACCACACACCCCUCCACGGGCAGCAACGUCAGCAACAACAAGGCUGCCUUCUUUGCCGCCUCUCUGUGGUUUGCGAAAAUCGAGGGUUGCUCGAAUUUUGCGGGAGGGGUAUCGGCGUUGCUUGCGGCACCUAAGAGAAGAACAGCAGCAGCCUUCGCAGCAGCAGCUGGAGGAAGAGCACCAGCAACACCAGCAGCAGCAUGCGUUAAGGUGCCUGGUAGCGAUGAUUUGCAUUGACAAACCUGCGAUUUUUAGCCGCCUGCUGCUAGCAGCUCCUUUGCAGCAGCAGUCUGCCCUUGUGGAAGCAACCUGCGGAGACACCCGGCUGGUGCGCGUGGCAGCUCUGCUGCUGCCACGCCUCUUGCGGGCUGUCUCAUUGCUACUGAAUGAUCGCAUAGAGCAAACCCUCUGCAUGGACUCCCCAAUGGCAGAGGGAGUUGCAGACUGCAGGUGCAUGCGACGCUGGCUGUACAGACACCUCGUAUGGAAAUGGUCCUUAGUCGCCCUCGAGACACUCCAAAGGCAGCAGGAAACGCAGCAUUUGCGCCCUCUGCUGCAGGAGCUUCUUUUUAUUGAGGUUACACGAACGCAGCGUUUUAUUUCUUCGCUGCAGCAGCAACAAGAAGAGCUGCAACAACGAGAAGAAGCGCAACAAGAAGCGCAGCAGAGGCAGCACCAGCAACAAGAAGAAGCGCAGCAAGAAGAGCAACACAAACCGUCAGCAGCAGCAAGAAAAACGGCAUGGUCGCAAGGAUGGCUCCAGUUGGUGGAAGAAGCAGCACAUCCCUCUAUAGUGUUGCGGGUAGCUCUCUCUGCCUUGCUCCGCAGCGGCAGUGGCAGCAGCAACCCCACCACUACCACUACCACAAGCACCUCCAAGGCUAUGCCUGACUACUCUUCUAAGACUCUUUGGAAGACAGUGGCCUUCUGUCUUCGCCAAGAAGCGAGGCAGCAUGCGUCUCAGUGCUUGGGAUUGUCUGGCGGCGACUCUGUGAGCCUUGAUGCAAGCCAUCCUGGUUCCCCUCAGCGUGCUGCUGUUUCAGAUCCCUCUCCUCAGCAGUCUGCAUUUCUCGGUAAAAUGUCAACACCAGAGAAGACUUUGAAAGUGCCGCCUACGAUUCUACAGAGCUGCGUUGUUGGAGACACUGCAACGGCUGGGAGUGCUUCGAAGGAAGAACCAGCUCUCUCCUUGACUCCCCCCCCUCACGCUGCGGCAGCAGCGUCGGAGAACAAGGCUUUCGAAGCAGGUGCAGUCGCUGCUGAGGAGGACGAGGCUUGCUACAAAUCGCGCGUGGAGCUGCUGUACGAGGCUUUACAUAAAUAUGUCGCCCUCGAGACGGCUACGGCAGCUGCCGCUGGAGAACUGCUCCCCCGACUGCCGCAGUGGUGGCAGCCUGCCUUCGGAAGUCUUCUGCUCAACGCUCCUCUGUCAUCCGUCUUCAGACUGACGCUUCUCGAGGCUACCAGCCCAAGCACUGCAUCAAGAGCAGCCGCAACAUGGCCUAGACAGCUGGUGCUCGCAGAGGCAGCGGCAGCAGCAGCCAAAGCCGCCCUCAGCAACGAGGAGCUGCUCCGGCUGCUGCAUAUUCACCAAGCGUCUCAGAAGGCAGCUUCACACUACGAGGCUCUAGAGCAGCAAGAGGAACAGGAGGCGCAAGAGGGAAGGGAACAGAUGCAAGGCAAUGAAUUUGAGCGGCAGUCACUGCUGCUGCUGCAGGCGCACCCGCACGUGGUGGCAGCAGCAGCGUCUACAGAGGGAGCUGCUGCUUCCUUGACGUCGAGCUUCGGCUCUGUGCGGGUGUCUUCGGAGACAGCAGGCACUGCUCUGCCUAAGACAGCAGCCACACCUGCAGCUGCGCACAGAGAGGCUGUCUCUGUGCGCAACAGUCUCUUGGAUUGCUUGAUGUGGCGAUGUUCAAGCCUCACAGAAGCGGAGGUGUGGAAGGCUUCGCGUGAAGCUCUCAGUCUCUGCGGUGUCUCUGUGUGUCUGGCUCACCACAUCAUCUCGCGUGCCCUCUUCUUUGCCUUGCCGCAUGCAGCUGCGCUUGCUCAGCAUGCAGCAGCCAUCUGCAGCGGCGAGAAGGGGCGGAACGCUUGCGCAAGUGUAUCCGCAUCGGUAGCAGCGACGUCUGCUGCUGAAGGCGACACUUCUGCGCAUGCCACGGCAGCGCGAACCCCAGCGAAAACAGCGCAGCUUUCCUCCUGGAUACGAGAAGCUACAGAGGAGGCGUGGCAGGCAGAGUCGAGCGCUGCUAUCGAAGCAGCAGCCGCCGCUGUUGCUGCGGAUGGAGGAUUGGGACUGCUGCAGCGGUUGCAUGCGCUGCUCCUGCUGGCUGCUCGCGUGGAGUGCUACAACCAGAGGCUUGUUGACGUUCUAGCAGUGGCGCUGCCCUCCGCUGCCGUCGUAACAAGGUUCCCUGCUGCUGCGCGGAGUUUUGCAGCAGCAGGAGCAGCAGCGGCAGCAGCAGCAGGAGGAAGCUGUGCUCCUCAACGCGAUGUUUGUACUUUGGAUGUGCUGCCAGAUGCGCUUUUCACAUCUCUUAUUCAGGCACUUGGAAAGCUGCAGGCGAGAGCAACAGAGACUUCCCUGCAACACGCACUGCUAGAGGUCAAACUGCUACUGCUACUACUGCUACUGCUACUGCUGCUCUUGCUGCUC